GAGAUUUUCAAGGCAACUGCUUGGCAGCUCUGGGACACAGCCAGCGACCGCCCCGUCUGAGUGACCGGUGGCCGGCGGGUUUCCUGGCGGCGGCUCCUGCAUGAAAGGCUUGCUGUUUCCUGCCAGAGCUGCCGGGAUCCCUCCGCGAGUGUUGCAUUUUGCGACUAAGAACAAAACGUCUUCUGUGGAAAGCUGAAAAGAGACGGCUGGGCGGCCCAGGAGACAACCUAGCUUGGUGUCUGGGCCGUUCGUCUUGCUUUGAGGUGGGGAUCGCCUGGCGUCUCCUGGCCGAGGAUCAGGCGCCUGGAGGAGCAGCCACGCACCGACCUGCAGCUGGCCUGUCCCCGCCGCACCUUCAGGAAAUAUAAGAAACGGGAGGACAUGUUACAUCUGGGCAGUUCUUGAAGUCGUGCCAAUGGAAUGGACAGCAGUGGGAGGAAGGCUUGUCUGGGAUGCUGUCUUUCAGGAGCGGGCUGGCCCUGACCAUCGGCGUGCUUCUGGGUUCGAAGCCCUCGGCUUACGGCGAUUUGUCCGCCUCCCGUCCAAACAUCCUUCUUCUGAUGGCGGACGAUCUGGGCAUCGGAGACCUUGGCUGCUAUGGCAACCACACCAUAAGGACGCCAAACAUUGACCGCCUCGCCGCGGACGGCGUGAUGCUCACCCAGCACCUCGCGGCAGCUUCACUGUGCACCCCGAGCAGAGCCGCUUUCCUCACGGGCAGAUACCCACUCCGAUCAGGUAUGGUUUCCAGCACCGGCUCGCGUGUUCUGCAGUGGGUGGCAGCCUCCGGAGGCUUGCCACCAAAUGAGACGACAUUUGCAAAAAUAUUGAAGGACAAAGGCUACGUGACUGGACUUGUGGGCAAAUGGCAUCUGGGUCUCAACUGCGAAUCGUCCGAGGACCACUGCCACCAUCCCCUCAACCACGGCUUUGACCUUUUCUACGGGAUGCCGUUUUCCAUGAUGGGCGACUGUCUGCCCUCGGACAUCUCGGAGAAGCGGGUGAUCCUGGAGCGCCAGGUCAACGUCUGCUGCCACAUCGUGGCCCUGGCCGCCCUCACGCUCGCCCUGGGGAAGCUGACCCGCCUGACACCCGGCUCCUGGACCCCGGUCGUCUGCUCAGCCCUCGCGGCCGCCUUGCUCUUCCUGUGCUCCUGUGUCCUGAGUCCCCUGAUCGCGCACGCGGACUGCUUCCUGAUGCGAAAUCGCACCAUCACGGAGCAGCCCAUGCGCUUCCACCGAACCACGGCCCUUAUGCUCAGAGAGGUCUCCUCCUUCCUCAAAAGAAACAAGCAAGGACCGUUCCUCCUUUUCGUGUCCUUUCUGCACGUCCACAGCCCUCUUAUCACCACAGAGCCCUUCCGAGGGAGGAGCCUCCACGGGCGGUACGGGGACAACGUGGAAGAGAUGGACUGGAUGGUGGGGCAGGUCCUGGAUGUUCUGGACACAGAAGGUUUGAGUAACGGUACCCUGGUUUACUUCUCGUCUGAUCACGGGGGAUCCUUAGAGGCUCACUUUGGAAACCAGCAGUACGGCGGCUGGAACGGGAUAUACAAAGGUGGCAAAGGCAUGGGCGGCUGGGAAGGCGGGAUCCGCGUCCCCGGGAUAUUCCGGUGGCCUGGGGUGCUGCCGGCCGGCCGCGUGAUCCAGGAGCCCACCAGCCUGAUGGACGUCUUCCCCACCGUGGUCCAGCUGGGCGGCGGCCAGGUGCCGCACGACAGGGUGAUUGACGGCCGGGACCUGCUGCCUUUGCUCCUGGGGACCGUUCAGCACUCGGACCACGAGUUCCUGAUGCAUUACUGCGAGCGCUUUCUGCACGCAGCCCGGUGGCACCAGCGGGACCGAGGGACAGUGUGGAAAGUCCACUUUGUGACCCCAGUGUUCCAGCCAGAUGGAGCAGGUGCCUGCUAUAACAGAAUGGUCUGCCCAUGCUUCGGGGACCAGGUCACACACCAUGAGCCCCCUCUGCUGUUUGACCUCUCAAGAGACCCUUCUGAGGCCCACCCCCUCACACCAGACACGGAGCCGUUGUUCCAUCAGGUCGUGGAGAGGGUCAAAGAGGCCGUGCGGGACCACCAGCAGACACUCAGUCCGGUCCCGCUGCAGCUGGACAGGCUGGACAAUGUGUGGAAGCCGUGGCUCCAGCCCUGCUGUGGUCAGUUCCCCCUCUGCUGGUGCGAUCGGGAGGCUGACCCCCAAUAGCUGCCCGACCCAGAAAGCUGGGUUCCUGAUCUUCCCUGCGGUCCAAUAAAAUGUCACUGUGAAGUGACAUCACCG